AUGGCACCGUCUCUCAGCCUGCGUCCACGGACGCGCGACCAGGAUCGUCCGCCUACCAGGGACCAUGGGGACCACAGUCUGAUCAUCCCCAGCCGGACCUCGUCCCUCCAUUCGAGAAUCACCCAGCCUCUUCCUUCGACAUUGAACGUACGCCCAGGAGCAAAGACUCCCAAGACAUUGACCCACGCCUACAUGGUCUGCGGUGUCGGAAGGGAGCCAUCACAAUGGGUCAAGGCGCCCGCACCGAGCUCCGGCAAGAUUGGACACAUGAAGGGCGCAGUGGGAACUUUCUGGCUGCCAGAGAUCCUCGGAAGCAGUCCGAGGCUCGAGCAGGACAACGACAUUGCCAGAUCCCUCCAUGCUGCGAUGCGGGCUUGCUUCCCUCAUGAUGUGGAGAUUUGCACCGGGCGAAGUCAGCCACAUUGUGUGCACCACUCUUUUGUCCUACAGCAGGACUCGUCACACACCCUCUACGGUAUCGCUCUGCGCGUUUGGUCGCGCGCCGACGAGAAGAGGGCUGAAACAAUCCGCGACCUUCGCAAGCGGAUCGAGCCCGAUUUCUUCGACAACCCCGAUGAGACCUACUGGAUCCCGUACUGCUUGAGCUUCCUCUCGCGGUACCCUCUGUACAACCUUCUUGGAGACUACCUUCGUGGUAUGUGGAUCCACUGGAACAAGGCCACUAAUCUGUUCCACGCCGAGGAAGUGUCGCGCAUCCUGAGCUUCCCCGCUCCUCGCUUGAACGAUUUGGUUCGCAUCGACAUGAAGGACUACGCCCUGUGCUACCAGUUCCCGUCGUCGCCUACCGGUUUCCAGAACUUUGCCAUGUGGCCGCUGUUCACGUGUCUUUCCAUCCCCAACAUCGUCGGUGUAAUGGAGGCCGCGGUUUCACCCACGCGCCGAAUCAUCUUCACCAGCCACUACCCUGCAAUGCUUACCGUUGCCGCUGAGACUGUGCGAUUCUGUGUGAGGGUGUACGAAUGGAGCGGUCUGUACGUACCUGUCGUUCAUGCGCGUCACGUCAAGGACCUCGUUCAGGAGCCUGGGCCGUACAUUCUCGGUGUCACAUCAGAGUGUCGGUCCUUGUUCACCGCCCCAACGGAUGCGCUGGUGGUAGACUUGGACCGAAAUUUCGUCCUGACUUCCAGCCCGCCGACUGCUCUCACCGCUGGCCAGAGGUCAAAAAUGAUCACUCGUCUCACACAAGCCCUCAAUGGUGAGGUGGCACCUACCGGAGUUCCACAGCAUCUGCGAUCCGCGUACGGUGGUGGGAAGCUCAUUCCAGCUGGCCAGAUCAUCGUCAUGCGUGGCGAAGUAGAAAGUAUCCAGGACCCAGAAUGGUGGAAUCAAGAUUCCGUCAUGACGGUCAUGGACCACGUGUGUGAGAAAUUGGGACGUAACACCGGCGUCAAGGCUAUCUUUGGCGGUUCCGUCAAGAAGCCACUGAUGACCAAGGUGUCCAUGCGCCAUCUGAACGAGAUUGUGCGCGAGCGCAACCAGUACUCUCGUGACGCCCAAGAGGCUUGGCAAGAUUUCAUCAACCUCAAGGGCCGCAUGGACACGGAGCUCGGCAAGGUCACCAAGAGGAACAACUUCCUCGUGGAGGAGCUGGAGAGCUGGAAGCAGCAGUUCCUCAAGUUCCAGGCUUUUGCUGAGCAGCUCACAAAGGAGACCCAGGAUCUCAAAAUCAAGAUUGAGAACCACAAGCGUGAGAACCGUCGCCUCACUGGCCUUAUUGACCAACAAAAGGAUGACGCCGCUCGCCUCACUGUGCGCCUCUCCGGCACCGAGAAGCAACGUGACGAUGCUCUCGAGGCUCUUGUCCUCCAGCAAGAAAUUGCCGAGGAGCUCGAGCGCGAGCGCAAGAGAAACAAGAAGGAGCUUUCUGCGCUGCAGCACACCAACCAGGCCAUCCAUCGCCAGCGUGAUGAGGCUCAACGCGUGGUCCUGCACCUCCGCGCCCUUAUUGACGGCCAAACCCACCACAUGGAGCACAUCGUCAAGUCUCUGGGCGCUCCGGACUCCGGCCUCGCCACCUUCGUCGAAGAGGGCUUCGAGGACGUGCCGGAAGAGGCUGAGGACGAAGAGUCCGAGCCUAACAACUCCGAGGUUGGUCGUGCAGAGCGCAAUGUUGUCUCGAGAGCAAGCACCGUUCAGGAUAGUAAGCAUCUCGAUGGCGAAGACGUCUCACCAGACAUGGAGCAGCGCUUACUCCAUUCUCCAGUGAACCGCAAUUCCAAGCGGUACUCUAGCUCUUCUAUGAUCGACGUAGCAGACCGCCAUCUACGCGACAAGACCGACGCCAUUGCGUACAUUAUCCGAAACAUCUCGGAGCAGUGCGCCGCGGCCGUCGAGGGUCUCGCUCUUGCCCAGCAGGCCGACACUGAGGAUGACUCUCGCAGCGAGCGGAGAUCUUCGGCAGUGCCUUCCACCCAGGGCAGCGACUACGGCGAGGAUGAUAGCAUGCUGCGACCUGGACGCCACUCUAGCAUCCCGCCCACUCCAGACCUAACCCACCGGUCAAGCACAUCCAUGUCCAUGGCCAGCGCGUCGACCACACCCGACAGGCACAGCCUGCAGCACAGGCUGCAUGACGACGUGCCUGACGUUCCUACGCGUAUCGUCGAGCAGGACGACGAGCUCGACGCCGAAAUUCACGCCGAGAUGCCCAUUUCCAAGUACGCGGCGCCGCUCGCGCGCCAGAGCCAAGGCGCUCGACAGGUCGCAUAA